AAGUCCCGGGCUGUGUCAAACCUCGAAACUGUCCGAAGAGACAGCAGGACACUUCACGUGGGCGAGUCGAGCCUAUAAAUGACAGGAGAUGUCCGACUGGAGCCAAAAGCGACUGAUCCGAGAGGAAGGAGCUGGCAUGGAAGCAGACUACCGCUACGACUGCUGCGACUCCAGCUGCAGCUGGAAUGGAGGGGGAGCGGCGGCGGGGCGCCACCGGGAGCACGCGGUGGCUCCCCGGCGGAGAGAGACGCGCCUGCUGCGGAUGGCUCAGCUGCUCGUGGUCGGCCUGCUGCUGCUGACGGCCGGGUCCCUGGCUUUACUCUUCAUGGUGGGACUGCAGGGACGAUGCGCGCGGACAGAGGAUCAGCAGGUGAAGAAGCAGCUGGACAGCACUUCACUGGACAUCGGCGGCAAACCAGAAAUGUCCAAACUUGAAGGUGACAAUGUGGGGAAGAAGCCCAGUGCCUUGUUGACAGCUCCUGUCAAGAGGAGUAUUCACGGGAAUCGUCUAAACUGGGAGAACGAAAAAGGCGACGCCUUCUGCAGAGGAGGUUUCAACUGCUCCAAUUGGGAGCUGGUGGUGCCCAAGAAGGGGAUCUACCGAGUCUUCCUGCAGGUCACCUGGCGCCAGCCCGAGUGUGCUGGCAACGAGCUGCUCUUCAAAGUCGAGGUGAUCGUGUUCAGCGACACCUACCGCCAAGACAGAGUGGUCCUGUCCAUGUUCGACACGGUGACCUGCAGGACCUACCUGACCAAAUCCCUCUUCGGAUCCAAGUUUUUGAAACUGACCCCGAACAGCCGGCUUCACGUCAACUCCACCUUCCCAAGUCUGAUCACCAGCAGUGAGCACGAGGUGUUCUUCGGGGCAGAGCUCACCGAUGAAUCUCCUCAGUAAUCAGGUGGGAAACCCAACCUAACUGAGUGGAAUCAACUCCAUGAAGAUACUUUAGAUUCUUUAGGGUUUCCUUGUCACGGUUAGCGCUCGUGAAGAGGACGCACGCACUGCUGAAUCUUCAGCUGUCAGACGAGACUUGACUAAUGGAAUCAGUGGUCUCCGGUCUCCGCCAUGUUUGCUCUGCUUCAUCCAGCUUUAUCUCAGACUCCUAAAGAAAAGGUCGAAGGGGCAGAGAAAUCCAACGAGGCCGUAGCAGUGGUGCAGUUAGCAAGCUUCGCUUCUGUUUGGGACAGAAGGCAUCAUGUUUUCAGUGCGUGUGCAGUGAGAGCCAAAGCAGACGGGGUUAGUGUGGAGACCUCCGAGAGCAUGCAGGGUCAGUGUUCUAAAGAAAACGUGGUCUGUAUAAGUACGAUUUGAAGUGCUAAAUAUUGGGGGAAAGCAAUUUGAGUGAAGUGAAUUCCAUUCAUAAAGCCCAUGAAUAGACGCUCCAGAUAUCAGUCCCUUCCAGCCUCUUUUCUAUGGAGGCUCUACAGAUUGCCUCCAAACAAAAAGGACAGAAAUGUAAAGUUGUUGGCAGAACAGGGUCGUUUCCUGCAGUUAGCAGCUAUAACAAAUGAAAGCUUUACUCAAUACAAAAGUAUUUAAAGCAGAGACUGUCAGCCUCCCGAGCUGGUUCCACAGGAGCCUGAUAGCUGAAGGCUCUGCCUCCUGUUCAGCUUUUAGAGAACCUAGGAACCUCCAGCAGACCAGCACUCUGAGAACCACGCGUUGUCCUGAAUAAUAUGGAACUAACAACCCUUUAAGUAAUGUAUGAGGCUGUUUUUUUCAGGGCCUCAUAGGUUAAAAGAAUGACUUUAAAUUCUGUUGUAGAUUGAACAGAGAACCGAUGCUGACUGACUGUCUGAUCUCUCUGCGUCUCCACAGCAGCCUCUCGGCUCCACUGAUCAUGCCACUGCUCUGAGCUUCAUUUUCCAGUUCAAGACACAGAAGCUUGCCUAUAAAUGACUAGGGUUUCAUUCUUCACAAUAUUUAAAUAUCAGGGUUUGGUUUGGCACCCUUUCGAGAUUUUUCUCAUCCAACUUAAACAUUAUCUGAAACCUACCAGGAGAUCUGUCCUUCACCAGAUCACGUCUAUAAUAGGAAUAAGUGGUUUGUAUUUACCUAAUGUCUCAGCCAGCGCUGAGUUCGAUAAGACGGGUGUGUGUGCAGUUACUGACAGUGUGGACAGUUAAAGCCUUCCCACACUCACACACUGCCACUGCAGUGAAGCUUCUUAGCGUCCUCCUGACAGUGUUGAGCUACUUUCACCUCGCAGUGAAGCUUCAUUAUGGACAUGUGACCGGAUAAGAUGCUGUAGUCCUGUUUCCAUGAUCGUAAUGAAGACAGCUCAGUCUCACAGGAUCUGUGUCCAGAAUGCAAAAGGGUUUCCAUGUUGGGACAUGUUGGGACAUGUUGGGACAUGUCCUGAUUAGAGUGUAAGUGCAAAAGAUUUAAAAGAGGAAUAGAAGCACUUAGACAAACACCAUGCACACUCAGGAUUUCUCCUCGCUUGGAUUGUUUAAUGGAAUCAUUUCUUUUUAUUGUAUUUGCAUGCAUGAUGGUACUGUAUCAAUAUGCUGUUAAACAAGCGUAAAAAUGUGACCAGAUUAUUUGAUUAAUUGCUUGCUGGAUCUUUUUUUUCUUCUCUCUCUUUAAUUUACUGCCGCAGGCAUUAUGUUUUAAAUUCAUAAAAAAUUCAUAUUAUGUUUUAAAUGUAAUUUGAUUUCCAAAAUAAAGUCAC